ACUCCCUUUGAAACGCAAAGUGCGCCGCGGUCCGUGUUGAGGCACAGCAAGUGCCUUGAGAGGACCAGAGGAGUGAGGCUGCAGCAGGACUUGCUUGUGUGUUUCAGUUUGUGAAUCUAAAAACUGCUGCUCCUGGUGCGUGGGUCUGACCGCUGCGCACACCCAGGUUUGGGGUGUGACAAACACUUGCAUGUGUGCGCGCUUGUUUGUCAGAAUUGGGCUUUUUUUUCCCAGACUGAGUGGAGGCGCGGCUGACUUGACUUUAAUGCAUCUUCAGCACUCCUCCUGCUGAUUAUUGUUGGACGUUUCUCACUGCUUUCUGCGCAGACCAGAUGUUUUGGACUCAUCCACACUGCGGAUGUCCUGUGAUUUUUUUUGCGGAUGUAGUGCUGGUGUGGGUCUGAAGUUGAAGUCCUCCUGAAGGUGUGAGCUCCAAAUGCAUUCACUCCUGAGCCGGGAGAAGAAAGAAGAAGAAGUCGGGUUUGGGAUCGAUCUGGGUCUGUCUCCGGGCUUUGUGCCCCACGCUGCCACCAUGUUCAGCUGUGUGGGCUGCUUCUGGGUGCUCCUCUCCUCCGCUCUGGUAGCCGUCUGCAGCUUUAGCUUCAUCUCUCCUGCCUGGAUUGUUAAGGACCAGCUGAGGAACAGUCACCAUCACCAUCAUCAUCACAGCAACAACAAGGACUCCGUCAGCUUCGGACUGCUGUGGCACUGCUCGGAGUCUAUGGACCACAUGUACCACUGCUACACCUUCGGGGGUCUGGGCAAAUUCGCAGAGAUCCCCUCCAGCUCCUGGCAGACCAGUGCAGUGCUGUGUUCAGGAGGCUGUGCUCUGCUGGCUGUCAGCUCCCUGCUGGCCAUCAUCACCAUCUUCCUGCCCAGCGGGGGAUGCGAGAGGAGGAUCUGCACCCUGGCCGGAUAUAUGCAGAUGGCAUCAGUGUUCAUCAUGGCUGCCGGACUGCUGGUCUACCCCUUCGGCCUGAACUCGUCCCUUGUCAGGUCCUUCUGUGGGAACUCAGAGAUCUACUAUGCUGGCGAGUGCCAGAUCGGCUGGGGCUACAUGCUAGCAAUUGUUGGAGUCAUGCUUACCGUCUUCUUACCCUUUUUUGCCAAAUAUGCACCAAAGGAGCAUCUGUCCCCUACUCCUCUGCCAACGCUGUUAUAGUGCAGGGAUAUAUAUUGUUCUCCCUCCUGAUCCCUUUGUCUAACCUGGGCUUGAUGUCAUGGAGGGACACCUGCAUCCUUUUUUUUUUUGUUUGAGGCGAUGCUGUUUGGGAAGCAUCUCUAAAUGACAACUGAAGCUGACACUCAUUAACAAACACCGUCUUCCUGCAUCUGUUAUGUAAUUAGUUGAAACUAAGUUCAUUUAAACAGAAUGUUUUAUGUUACUACGCUAUGUGGUUAUCAUUUUAUCCUCAAAUCUAUCAUGAGUUUUCUGAUGUUAGACUUACCUGUUUCUUCAUGUAAGCUCUGGAGACGAUGCAGUUAGAAAGUACAAGGACUGAUUUUAUUUGAUUACAGUAAAUUACCACAAACUUAAAAUAUGUUUUGAAAAAAAGUGGUUCUUUCCUUCUAUCCUUUUGUGGAUGACAUGUCGAUGUGUAAAACAUUCCAAACAGAGUGGAAGUUGGCUGCAUAAAGACAGUGGGAGCAUGAGACAAUGCUGCAGUGGGAAUUGUUUAAUCAAAAGGUGUUUUGAUAAUUUUGAGGAUUAUUCUGACACACCAGAAAAGCCACUUUGAAUGGCUGAACACUGAGAACACUCAUGGAUCGAGUCAUGCAUCUGAGACAUAAAGGAGUUGACGAUGCAUUGUAUUGAAGCUUUUGGACUGUAUAUAUGGUCUGGAUUUAUUAGAGCUGACUUUUCCGAGUGAAACACUGAAGAUGGAGCAAGCGUAACGCUUUGAAGGAUACUUUGAUGUCAGACUUUUUCUGCCCCCAGUCUUGUGACCCAGCAGUGACCCAGGGGGAGUCAAGAAGACAUUUGAGCUUUUCAAAGAUGGUGAAUUUACUAACUGUCAAAAAAAGAAAAGACACAGCGUUGAACCUGCCGUGAGAACAAAUGGAACUCUCUUCCAGUAACAGUGAAGUGAAUCAUAAUAAUAAGUCGUGGUUUGAGAGCAGUGUUGUCAAAAAUGUCAUGUUGGGAUACUGCAUCCUUUUGUCAACCUUUCUCACCAGAAAUGUUUGUGUAAUGUGACUCGCUUGAAAAACAAAAGCAAUUUAUUUCUGUCUACAACACACAAUAUUAAACACUAAUCUAAUUCAGGAAAAAAUGAUUGCAAAGGCAGGGAGAAGUAGGAAUUUUGUCAAAAAAUGCAUGAUAAGAUGGGCUUUGUUAAUGGUAGAACUGAUCUAGAUUUUAAAUGUGAUCUGACCAACUCGUGCCUUUUAACAUAACCAUGACAAGUGUUAAAUACAAGUAUCAGGUUAUCAUCUUUUUCUGCUGAAAAACUGUGGAUCCUAUUGUGUGACAUGCUUUUUUUUAAUUCUAUAUUUUCCUCUCAGAGGUGAAGUGUUUCUCCUGGACUUGAUACAGUAUGAUCUCAUUAACUAGAGCAAAUUUCCUGGAGGAUGAAAAAAAGAUGACGUCUUCUAAUCCUUUGGGGUAACAGCAGAGAAGAAAAAAGAAAAUCAGUGUACUUGUGUUCAGUUAUGCCCUCAGACAUUUUUGCCAAUUAUGUAGAAGAGGUAAGUUGAAUUGCUAUAUUAAAAGGUUAUGACAUGAAGCUUACAGAUUCAUUCCUGGCACCCUUGUCUUAUGUGAUUUUUAAAUUGAGUUGUGGCGGAAGGAGUUGUACAAAUUGAACUUCCCCUCUGGUUAUCUGUGCUGAGCCGACACCAUUAACAUUAUGUGUGAAACGUGGCUUAAAAUAAUUAACUCCUUAACUAAGCUAAUAUGUUGCUGUGUUUUUUGUCAACCCACUUCUCCUUUGACGGCCGGAACCAUUCCUGUCAUGUUCCAUGGACAAAAUGUCUCCACUAACUUUCCCUGUACACUGCCAAUUUCAUCCAGCUUGACUCCCUGUUCUAGUGGGUGUUUCUGUAUUAGUGUAAAAUAAUGAGUUGGAUUUUGCAAAUGGGUUCAUCUUUAAUAUUUCCCAAAUUCUGUUCCCAUAAUAACAUUUGCUGACAUGAAGAAAAUAACUGUGAUUAUGUUGCCAUGUUUGAAAGAAGGUCAGGAGAGUGGUUGGUGUUGUAUUGGACCUCAUACUGUGCUUGACUGUGGGAAUGACUGGCUUGACUGCACUGGACUAAUUCCCUUGUUUGUUGAACCUUUGUGUGUAAAGUCUCAGCACUGGUGAAAAUGUUUUGGUAAAGUAGAAUAACUGUUUUUUUCCCCCAUCGUGAUGUUUGACUGUAAAUAAACUAACUGUACUUGAUAUCACGUUAUUCUUAACUGCCCAGUUUUUCAAAAAUAUAUUUUGAGAUAUUACCUCAUUGUGUUUGCUUUACCUGAAUUAACCUCUAAAUGAUGUUUGCUGUUAUGUGAAUUUUCUUUGUAAUAAAACAAUUU